AUGCAGGGAAUGUGGAUAGCUUUGACACAGAACAUGAACUGUGGUAAUAAAGUAACAGAUGUAGCUUGUCAUCCUGCAGAGAGGAAAAGCAGCAGAUCUGAAAGAAAGCCAGAAAGUGAACUCACUGACGGCACAGAAAAUUUAGUGAUUCAACCCAGAUUCAGGCAGAAUCGCUUAAGAAAGAGGUUUUAUGAGUUGGAGAUAGGGGAUCCCUCGAGGAAUAUAAUCGAGAAAAUCUUUCAAAGAAGUGCAACUAACCAAAAAAAGUAUGCCAGGAAGACACAGAGAGUCCUAAAGGUGAUUAAUUCAUUGGAAAUUUAUAAGGAGUUUGAAAAGCACAGAGAGGCUGUGAAAAAGAAAUCUUAUGAGCAGUUUAAGAGUCAUCCAAGAACCAUCGUGGAUGGAAAUGAGUUGCUACUGUUCUAUGGAACAACAAUGAGCUGCUGUGGUUCGAAAAGAAAACAAGUAUCUGAACUUUGCAAAGAUCCCACUUGCCGUGUUUGCAGAGUAAUUCAAUCUGGUUUCAACACUUCAUACAACAAGAAAAAUGGGAUUCAACUAAACAUGGAUAGUGGGGAAAUGAGUGAGAAUAAAACUGUGAUUACAAAGGGAAAGAAUGUGAAGAGAGCUGUAAUAGUUUGUCGAACAAUUGCUGGUGAAGUUAUUGAGCAUGAAGAAGUGUAUGAUUCAGUUGGAACUGGACCGUAUUCCAAGUCAGAAUAUCUAAUUUUACAAAAUCCAAGUGCUGUACUUCCCUGCUUUAUAGUAGUUCUCGGCUAA